AUGAUAAUUAAUUUUGUAGGGAAUACAUUAAUAAUAUUGAAUGAAGAUAUUCCGUGUGACUUGUUAAAGAAAAAAUAUAAGGAGUUAUUUGUUCCAACAAUAAGUGUAUUAGAUUUUCAAAAAAAAAGAUUAUACAGAAAAUACAACAACAUCUUUUUAUAUACUUAUAAGAAUUACUCUUUUUUUUGGGAAUUAGAAAAUAAUAUUCUUCAUAAAGUACAGAAAUGUUUAAAUAAAAAUGGAAUAUUAAAAUUAAUAAUUUAUAUAAAUAACAAUGAUGUUAUAAAACCUGAUAAAAAUGAAAAUAAUAAUAAUAAAAAUAAUAAUGAUAUAAAAAUCAAUAUAGAUCAAAAAGAUUAUUGUACAAAUUAUAUAAAUGAUAUUUUUAAAAAUAUAAAAAAAGAAUGUUUAUAUAACGGAUUUAUAAAUAUAGUUAGUGAAACCUCAGUGGCGGAAAAUGGAAUUAUUUUAAAUAUUACUGCCGAAAAUCCGGAUUUUCUGUCUAAUGAAGACAAUGAUAUUAGCUCAGAUGAUGAAGAUAUAUAUAAUAAUGUAGAUGACAAGAAAAAGGUUGUAAAUAGAGUAUGUGAUAAUUGUACUUGUGGAAAAAAAGAGAAACUAUUAAAUUCGGAAAAUAAAGUUUUAAUAAAUGAAAAAGAUGGAGAAUAUAUUACAGAAAAUGUGGUGUCCUCAUGUGGAAAUUGUUAUUUGGGUGAUGCUUUCCGAUGUGCCUCUUGUCCUUAUAAAGGUCUUCCUGCUUUUAAACCUGGAGAGAAUGUUAAGCUUAAUUUGAAUAAUGAAUCUAAUUGA